AUUGACACCACUUUCGAGACUUAUGACAAGUUUUUUAACUUGAACAUUGAUGUAAAGAGAAAAUAUACAAAGAAAACUGGAACGACAAAGAAUGGCUGGGAUGAGCUUGAAAGGGAAAGGUAUACCUACUUUAUUACAUACCUCUACGGAAGAAAAUUCUUCCAACCUUUUACUGCAAUAAGGAAUCCAAAAGGGAAAGACCGUAGUGUCUGCAUGCAUUUUAGAAAUGUCCGAUGAGUACAGUGAUAGAGGUAGGACUGAAUUGUGUGGAUUCUCUUUCUGGCCUAGAGCAAUAGAACUAGCUAAUAACCCGAUAAAUAGUCAGAUCCUCCGCACUAUUAAAGUGUCCAUACAUCUGUAGACGCUCGAUUACAUGCACUUAUUAAAUGUUUAUUUUAGAUGUUACUAAUUAAAAGCAAGAUAAGAGAUUAUACAGUGUAGAUUUUUUCGUAUAAGAGUGAGCACGUUUUUCGAACGAUUCAGAUAUUAGAAGCUCUGUAUCCUACGAGACGCAAUAAUAAUAAUAUAAUAAUGUACACUUAUAUAGCGCUUUUCUCUUAGUGAUCCAAAGCGCUUUACAAUCAGUAGAAAACUUAGAAAACAAAUAAUUCAAAUGCAACAUAACAGGAUUUAAAACCCCAACUGGCAGGAGGCAACCAGUUGGCUAUUUACAGGCGAGGCCGGGGAUUUGAACUCGGGACGACCGAGAACAAAUCCAGCAAGUGGCCAGAGCGGGACUCGAACCCGGGACCGCCGGAUUUCGAGUCUGACGCGCUGACCACUCGGCCACGCUGCAUCCUACGAGACGCAGUGAAGCCACGUAGAGUACUAUGCUCGUCUCUACGACUAAACUGGUUUUAAUUUGUAGUUAAUUGUUAUUGAAUUGUUAUUAUGAUAUUUAUUUACCCACGAAACACGUUAAAGCGUUUUGAAGAACUCGUGUGCCCGUGCGUUCUAGAUUGAAGUGGAAUUUGGAAGUUUUGGUUUUUUGAGGAGAUGGGAAAUCCGGAGUACCAGGAAAAAAAAUCUCAGAGCAAUGGAUACAACCAACAAAUCAACCGAAUAUUAUGGGCACCUUUUUACAUUUGCUGUUAGAGUGCAUUCAUUGGAAGGGAGUUUUUCAGUAGAGUGCGCGACGUUAACUAAUAGGGAGCUUAAGCAAAGACGUUUUUGAGCAACGGACGUCAACCGGAAGUGAGGACUUUUCCCUUGACGCUAUGUAAUUUGUAUUGCUUAGUUUGUUUACUCCUAUAGAGACGAUUUGACUGAAAAUUUGGGCAAAACCAUCGCCCAAAAAUGAAAAAGGGCAACUUCCGGUUGACGUGCGUCGCUCAAAAACGUCGUUGCUUAAGCUCCCUAUUAUGACGUCACCGAAACUUUGUGUCAAAUUGCAGCACCAACUUAAAAAGACCUGGAGACCUCAAAGAAUCAUUUGACUUCAGCGUCCUGGAAGAUGAAAACUUUGUAAGUGGUUGUUGCAAAUUUAUUUCACAAUAACAUUUACAACAGCACCUUGGAAACUCCGUGAGAAAUCGUUUAGGAACACUCGACUGGAACGGGUCCUCCGCUUUUUGCUGAAAACAUAUCGAUAGUUCUGUGGUUGAUUUUCUGGCGGAACUUUCUCCUGAAGUUAAUCAGAACGGCGGCGAAUUUCGUUUUGCAACUAAAACAAUGGCACCAUAUGAAAUUGCUAGUAAAGCGGGGUUUGAUUUUCGAAUGAUUACAUAUAGGAAUUUGUACACCGACUCACAAGAGUUAAAAGGAAAACUUAACACGACUUUGGUUUUGGAACGCUUACAAAUGAAUAUGGUGGCAGACGCCACCAAUUUUGCCUCAAAUGUCAUUUUAGUCAAAAGUUACCUCUUCAUGAAAUGAAAAAUACCAAAAUGAAAUUAGGCAGGGAUUGUCAAUUAUUUCUAUCUGGCUCUGAUCUGCCGUAAAGAAUAUAUCUAACGUGUAAUCAAUUGCCACUCCACAGACCUGGCCCAACGAGGAAGUGCCAAACUUUCAAAGCACUGUUCGAACCAUUUUUCAGUACAUGACAAGCCUUGGUUCAAGAAUGCUGUCUGUCAUAGCCAUUGGCCUUGAUCUGGUAAGAUCGAUUUUAUUGUAUUAUUUUUUUGGGAAGGUAGGAUUUACAGAUGUGAGCACUGAAAUAUAAUUCCUAAACUCUAAGUAAAAAGCGAAAUAAUCUUAGAUAGUGUGUAAGCCACGUGACUCUCUUAAGCCCCUUGCAAAUGGACGCAACAUUGUUGGCCAACAACUCCCACCAAUGUUGGAUGUUACAUGUUGCGUCCGUUUGCACACCCCGUUGCAUGUUGUUGCGUGUUGUUGGGAUUAAUUAAUGUUGCCCAAAGUUUGAAAGCGAUCAAACGUUUAGCUACCGUUUGAACGUAGUUUUAUGGUGUGAGAUGAGAUGUAAAUUUUACUCUGCUGAGAGUGCUGUGAAGUGAGAAACUCUAAAAAAUCUUUAUGAUUAUAGUCAGAAUUUAAACCCAGGGGGGUACUCCGGAUUUCAACAAGUGACAGGGAUGAUCGACUCAGAAAUUCGGCAUGGUAUUUUUGGGGUUUUGUUGGAGGCCCUAGGGAUUUGGGAGGGGGGUUUGAUUUUUGGCCCCAUUCGGUCAUCCCUGUCACUUGAAAGCCGAAGUACUCCACCCCCCGGGUAAUUUAGGAGGAGGAUACAUUUGACAAGGAGUCCUGAAAUUAAUUGCCAGCAUAGCGAUCAAAUCUAUCUCUUCCCCUGUUUACCCCAUAGGGUGUAUUAGUUUGCUCAUUAGACUGAGAUUGAGUUUCCAACUACCAAAGUAAUUUCACAGCCGACUUGUAUGAGGCUAGAACUCGCGCCUUUUUCUCAGCCAAUCAUAAGCACAACCGCAAUUUCCUGGGGCUGGUUAGAAAAAAAGUACAAUUUCCUCGCGCUCAUAAUAAUGGCCUGUUGCACAAAUUUCCUUCGAAUUGUUAUUGGUUCAUUCUUACAAGUUUGCUUGUUUUGUGAUUGGCGGUUACUUCAGACAGCUCUUUGUUUUUCCUCAAUGCAGGCAAUGUUAUUUUUCUUCGUAUACACAGUUUAAACGGUUUAAAAGCUUCUUUUCUUUUAAUUUUGCGCUAUCCAGGAUCCAGACACGUUUUCCUUUGCUUGGCAAAAGACAGGCACUUCCGAAGGUGGUUCUCAGUUAAGAUACAACUAUUAUCCAAUGAUAUCAGACCUUAGUAAAAUCAAGCCGGGUCAGAUUCGCUGUGGGGAACACACGGAUUAUGGUGGGAUUACAUUGCUGAUUCAAGACGAUGUUGGUGGACUGGAGGUAAGAACUCAACUGAGAAACCUAAUUCUGAUACUAUCUUAACAUUUGUUUAACACUUCCUUUGUCCGGAUCAUUUUAACUUUACUUCAAUAUUGCUACUUUUUUAGGCCAAUAUAGACUAAUAACAUGUAUAACGAACGUUUGAUUCAGGUGACCAAUGUUGAUGGACAGUUUGUACCCGCCAAGCCCAUGAAAGGAGCAGUGUUGGUCAAUAUUGAUGACCUGAUGCAAAGGUGGACAUCAGAUCGAUACAAGUCUGUGGUGAGUUUAAACAAUAAAUUAUAAACUAACCUCGAUCCCUCGAUCAAAAAAUAUGCCACAAGCCAUGAUUGGUUAAUAUGUACGUUAUAGAAGUAAAUUUGAGUACCUAAUUCAUCCCACCGUGCAGCUCUAACAAUCUGAAUAUCUCCUGAGUAUUUUGUUCGGUCAUUUAUUAAAAUAACCGUAACCGAUUUGAGUUUUAGAAAAAGUCGGAGAAAAUUCUUCAGAUCUUUAGAAAGAUCUGAAGACACUCAUUGAAAGUUAACUUUUAAGCUUCUGUUUCUUUUAUUUUGUGAAUUAUUAGUGCGUUUUAACGAUUUUUUUCCUUCCAUAAAACAGGUUCAUCGAGUGCUGAUUCCUGAGGAGGAAAUCAAGCGCAGAGUUCCUCGCCGAUCGUUGGUUUUGUUUCAUGACCCAGAUGAUGACACGAUGGUCACGUGUCUGGAUGGAUCUAACAAAUAUCCCCCAACCAGAGCGAGGGAUUGGAUCUAUCAUCAACUGCAUUCAACUUACAAAUAUUGA